AUGGUGUACUCUUAUGCCAUUUCUGCCCUCGUCCUUCUUCCUCUAGCCUGCCUUUUCCACAGGGAAACAAGGCUCCCUCCACUUUCUAUUGUCAUGCUUGGCAAAUUUUGCAUCCUUGCGUUUCUUGGAUUUGCAGGGCAAUACUUGGGAUAUUUAGGCAUUGCAUACAGUAAUCCAACUUUGGGUUCAGCCAUGAGCAAUCUCUCUGCUCCUUGCACCUUUUUGCUCGCGGUUCUUUUCAGGCUUGAAAAGCUAAAACUGGGAAGUUUAAGUAGCCAGGCGAAAAUCGUGGGGACCCUUGUGUCGAUAUCUGGUGCUUUAGUAGUUGUACUCUAUAACGGCCCAUUGCUUAUAACUGGCAAUCAUGACAAAUUAACACUAUCUAAUGCCUCGACUCUUUCGGAUGCUAUAUCUGAUGCUCGCUCUAAUUGGAUAGUGGGUGGUGGCUUACUCGCGGGCUGUUAUGUUGUAUCCUCUUGUUGGUACAUUUACCAGAGUAAAGUUGUUGUAGAGUAUCCAGCAGAGUUUAUAUUGGUGUUUUUCUACAGUCUUUUUGCUUUCUUCAUGUCCUUGGCCGUAGGUAUUGCCACCGAGCCAAAUUUGAGUCCGUGGGAAAUACACGUUGAUGUUCGGUUGUGGUCGAUUUUGUACUCGGGAGUAAUUGGAACUGGGCUUAGUAUAAUGGUCCACACUUGGGGACUGCACGUGAAAGGGCCCGUUUAUGUAGCCUUGUUCAGGCCUUUAUCAAUAGCCAUUGCAGCCAUUUUGGGUGUCAUAUUCCUCGGUGACGAUCUCUACUUGGGAAGUGUGAUCGGGUCCAUAGUUAUUACGGCAGGGUUCUAUACAGUUCUGUGGGGGAAAACAAAAGACGAGAAUCUCGUGGAGACAUCGUCAAAAGACACAAUUGCCCCUCUUCUAAAAUAG